AUGGCUGCCCUUUUUAUCAACAAGACCCUGGUUGUAAACAAUAAGGACAAAGAUGAGCUGGAGCUGGAGCGCGAGCUUAUCCGAGUGCUGGAGAACAAGGUCAUGCUUCUGUAUUUUGGCUCUGGGGAUUGUCCACGCUGCAAGGCAUUUGCGCCCGCUCUGAAAGAAUUUUUCGUGAAGCUCACCGAUGAAUUUUAUGUGGAGCGAGCGUCCCAACUGGUCCUGAUAUAUGUCUCACUGGAUGAAACAGAGGAGCAGCAAGCCACGUUUCUAAAGACCAUGCCCAAGAGGUGGUUGUUUUUACCCUUCCAUGAUGAGUACAAGAGGGAACUGGAGUUGAGAUUUUCUGUGAAGGACCCUCCAGUGGUGGUGGUGUUAAAGCCAAACGGGGACAUCAUCACUGCAAAUGCCAUGGAGGAAAUCGAGCAGAAGGGCACCGACUGUUUCAAAAACUGGCAAGAAGCGGCUGAGUUGGUGGACAGGAACUUCCGCCUGGCAGAAGACUUUGACAAAGUGGCUUUGAGGAGCAUCAGUGAUCCCAUCCGCCGAUACAAAUAUAAACUGGCCAAGAGCAAAAGGAGAAAAAGAAGCAAAGACGAGGGCGAUGCAUCCUCCUGAUGGGACAUUUCCUGCCCCGGAGCUCUCAAUGGGCAAGCUGGGCUCCUAAGGCACAAGCAGAGUUUCUUGGGUUGUCUGCUAUGGCCACACUGCACACAAACAGUUACUGGUAGUGAAUGCAGCUUUUUAGUUUCUUAGAAAUCCAAGUUCCCUCCGUCCCUCAAUGCAGGACUACAAAUCAAAGGAUAUCUGCCAGAUGAUUGUCUAAGUUGCUCUUGAAUGCUUCUAGUGUUGGAGCCUCUCUUGGUCAUUGGUUUUAUUGUUGUACUACUCCAACAGUUAGAACAUUUUUCCUGAUAUUCAACCAAAAUCUGGCUUCCUGUAACUUGAGCCCAUUGUUAGGUGUCUUCCUCCCUCCCUCCCAUCAGCUUACGACUAGGAAGAGUCUUGUGACAGCGUGUAGGCAAUAUCCACAUGAUGGUUAGAGAAACUGCACAAUUGGGAGGCGUGUAGGUGUGGAUGGUAGGGAAUGACAUGUAAGGCUUGCAGUGAUGUCAAGGUAGUCCAUCAGUACUGUGUAGAACACUUUGCCCCUUCCCCUUGAGUAGUAGAGGCAGAAGACAAAGAAAAGCUCUACAAACAAGCUUUGUAUGCAUACUUUAUAAAACGUUGCUUGCUUCCGUAUGUACUUCUCCACACAUCAUGACAUUUCAGUUCAGCCAGGCUUAACUACAGUCACCCAACCUGUUUUGUGUUCACAACAUUCAGAUUCCACCCCCCACCCCCAAAAUCCUGGCAUUUUUGUUGAAGAU